GGAAAAACAAGACAGGCCCUUGAAGAAGAAGCUGCCGCAUCGUCCGAGAGGCUGACAGCAUGAAGGUCCUCCUGCUGCUAACAGCUGUGAUCAUGGCCUUUGGCCCAAUACAGAUCCAAGGGAGCCUUAAAGAGUUUAGACAAAUGAUCUUACUUAAGACGGGAAAGAGAGCUGAGACCAGCUAUGCCUUCUAUGGUUGCCACUGUGGCGUGGGUGGCAGGGGAUCCCCCAAGGAUGCGACAGAUCGGUGCUGUGUUGCUCACGACUGUUGCUAUGACCGGCUGCAGAAACACGACUGCGGUACAAAAUUUCUGACCUACAAGUUCUCCUACCGAGGGGGCAAAAUUACCUGCUCUGCCAACCAGAACUCCUGUAGGAAACAGCUGUGCCAAUGUGACAAAGUCGCAGCUGAAUGUUUCCACCGGAACCGGAAAAGCUACAGUUUAAAGUAUCAACUCUAUCCCAACAAGUUUUGCAGUGGAAAGUCGCCAAAGUGCUGAGGGAGCCGCCUUGGUCAACAUCUGGACACAUUUUCUCCUCUAGCACCCCUUCCCAGGCCAACCAGUUCCCCCCAGUGAUAAACACCCCUCUCCCACCCUAGAGGCAGGGUGAGGGCCCUUCUGUCACCACCCAGAUGAGACACCAAAGCCUGGUGAGUUAGACUGAUAUUU